AUGGAAGCGCAAAACCAAAGUGGGUUGACCGAAUUCAUCAUCCUUGGCUUUAGAAAUCUUCAGAAGGAACAUUUCUUUCUCUUCAGUGGGUUCUUGAUCACCUAUGGAUUCACUGUGGUAUGGAAUACUUUAAUCAUUAUCUUAGCCAUGGUGGACCAGAAGCUCAGAACCCCCAUGUAUUUCUUCCUUGGCAAUCUCUCCUUUCUUGACAUCUGCUAUACAACCACUACAAUCCCCCAAAUGUUGGCUCACCUUCUUUCAUGGAAAAGUAGCAUCUCCUAUAUGGGCUGUGCGCUCCAGCUGUAUUUUUUCUUCUCCUUCGUAGGUAUUGAAUGCCUCCUUUUGGCAGUGAUGGCUUUUGACCGCUAUGUUGCCAUAUGCAAACCUCUGCGCUAUUCUUUGAUUGUCAGCAGGAAUACUUGCCUCCAACUGGUCAUAGUCUGCUGGGCUGGUGGAUUCCUCAAUUCUGCAGUGCACACUGUCUUUGCCUUCCGACUGCCCUUUUGUGGGGACAACCACAUCGAUGCUUUCUACUGUGACAUUCCACCUUUGCUGAAGCUGUCAUGUGGGGACAUUACCCUCAAUCAAAUGCUCUUGCUAUUCAUUGGCUUAUUCAUAGCAUGGACACCAAUGUUCUGUAUAAUUCUGUCUUAUGUUUACAUUGUUUCAACUGUUCUAAAGAUCCGUUCCUCACAAGGAAGGCAAAAGGCUUUCUCAACCUGCUCCUCUCAUCUCACUGUGGUCCUUCUUUAUUAUGGCAGUUGCAUUUUCACCUAUUUAAGACCCAUUCCCACUGAGUCAUCAGUUAAUACUAAGCUCAUCCCUCUCAUGUAUAGCAUUCUGACCCCAUUGCUAAACCCUAUUAUAUAUACUUUACGCAACAAGGAUGUAAAGAAAGCCUGGCAAGGUUUACUGGGAAUAAUUUGA